AAGGGGGCAGUUGUGCAAAGCAAGGGGCCACGCCGUGGGGAGGGGGAGGGGAUGACUUGGAGGGGCUGUUGGCAACCAGCAGGGUAGGGGGGAGGUGCUGAGUAGUGAGGGAGCCAGGGGCUGGAGGCAGAAACAGGAAAGGGAGGAGGGGGAGAGAGACUCCAGGCUGCUUCUGCGGCUGCUGCGUGGCUGUUUCUUUACACUCACUGGCAGACGCGGGCCGGCUCCCUCCCGCCUGGGAAAGUGGGUUACCGAGAGAAGGCGCUCAGCUCCGCGCUGGCAGAGGAGCAUCCAGCCACAGAGAGACCAGGGAAGCACCGCUGCAUUUGGCAGUCUCCUCUGCAUCUUUUUAAGAGGGUUUUUUUUUUUUUUUUUUUUUUUUUUAAUUCGUGCGGUCCUUUUACAAAUUUUGUUCCUUCGACUUUCUCCCUCUCCCCCGCUUGGGUUUUUAGGAGGGCUUUGUUAAGUCUUAGAGGGAAGAGAGACUGAGCGAGGGGAAGAGAGAGGCUAAGUGGGAAGGAGCACAAACUGCAACGCUGAGCGCCCCGUCCGUGGAGCCCUCUCUCCGCGGAGCAGCGCGCCCUCCGGAGCCCAGCGCGGACCGACUCGGCGUGGCCACCAUGGUCGGGCGAGUGCAGCCGGAUCGGAAACAGUUGCCGCUGGUCCUACUGAGAUUGCUUUGCCUUCUCCCCACAGGACUGCCCGUUCGCAGCGUGGAUUUUAAUCGAGGCACGGACAACAUCACCGUGAGGCAGGGGGACACGGCCAUCCUCAGAUGCGUUGUAGAAGACAAGAACUCGAAGGUGGCCUGGUUGAACCGUUCUGGCAUCAUUUUCGCUGGCCAUGACAAAUGGUCUCUGGACCCCCGAGUUGAGCUGGAGAAACGCCACUCUCUGGAAUACAGCCUCCGAAUCCAGAAAGUGGAUGUGUAUGAUGAGGGUUCCUACACAUGCUCGGUUCAGACACAGCACGAGCCCAAGACCUCCCAAGUUUACUUGAUCGUACAAGUUCCACCAAAGAUCUCCAAUAUCUCCUCGGAUGUCACUGUGAAUGAGGGCAGCAAUGUGACCCUAGUCUGCAUGGCCAAUGGCCGCCCUGAACCUGUUAUUACCUGGAGACACCUUACACCAACUGGCAGAGAAGUUGAAGGCGAAGAAGAAUAUCUGGAGAUCCUUGGCAUCACCAGGGAGCAGUCAGGCAAAUAUGAAUGCAAAGCAGCCAAUGAGGUCUCCUCGGCGGAUGUCAAACAAGUCAAGGUCACUGUGAACUAUCCUCCCACUAUCACAGAGUCCAAGAGCAAUGAAGCCACCACAGGCCGACAAGCUUCACUCAAAUGCGAGGCCUCAGCAGUGCCUGCUCCUGACUUUGAGUGGUACCGGGAUGACACCAGGAUAAACAGUGCUAAUGGCCUUGAGAUUAAGAGCACGGAGGGACAGUCCUCCCUGACGGUGACCAAUGUCACUGAGGAGCAUUACGGCAACUAUACCUGUGUGGCUGCCAACAAGCUGGGGGUCACCAAUGCCAGCCUAGUCCUCUUCAAGCGUGUUUUACCCACAAUCCCCCACCCCAUUCAAGAAAUUGGCACCACCGUGCACUUCCAGCAAAAAGGACCUGGGUCGGUGAGAGGAAUAAACGGAUCCAUCAGUCUGGCCGUACCACUGUGGCUGCUGGCAGCAUCCCUGCUCUGCCUUCUCAGCAAAUGUUAAUAGAAUAAAAAUUUAAAAGUAAUUUAAAAAACACACAACAAUGUGUCACACCGGAUACAGAGAGAGAGAGAGAGCACGUGUGCAAGAUGGGGGGGAGACUUUAUUUCACAACCUUGUGUGUUUAGAAAUGAAGGGGGAAAUGUGGAAAAUGAAGAAAAUCCAACAUUUAAAACGAUUUUAAAAGUCCAUCAAUAAAAAAAAGUUGAGCAUAAUUCAGGGUGGGAAAUGAAAUGUUCUACCAUGAUCUGUGUAUAUCUAAGCAAAUGAACGCUGUGCAAAGACUGUAUCUUGCUGAGGACAUCCGGAUAUUGUAAAAAUAAGACCAAGAAAAAUCACAUGAAUAUUAACGCCCCCCACACACAGUUUAUCCUUCCUCCUUCAUCCGUUAUCAUCUGUGGGGAAAAGUAUAAGGUCUUGCCUUCGGUGUUUAUAUUUCCAUAAUCUCUUUAUUCUGUUCUUAUUUGAGCUGACUUGUAGCCAUUUCAGACUGUCAAUGGAAUCUUGUGUUGAGCUUUCAUCGACUAUUCUGCCUCCACUCUUUCUCCAACUUUUGAGAUCACCCCUGUCCCGCCAGUGUGUUCCAUCGCCCCACACCCACACCACAGAGAUCCUUUGAUCCAGCCCGCCCGACCUCACUUCGCCCCACGCCCUCCGGAGCACUGGUCACGCCGCAGAUGCUAGGAAGUGCCAUUUAAGUUUUCCACUGUGUGUGUGUGCUCGAGUCUCUCGCUCUCACGUGAGUGUACAUGUGUGUGAGAGUGUGUGUGUCUCUCUCUAAAGCAUGCCAAUGGAAUGGUCCAUGUGUACAUAGACUCAUUGUGCUGUAGAUACUGUCCUGCAUUGUAAUUGUGAGAUGCGGCUGUCACGAGUUGCUGGGGGAGAUGGCGGGGAGGGAGGUACGGAGCAGACCCCCUCCUCCAUCCAUGGCUGUCACAUGACAUCAGUGUGUAUUCAAACCAGGCUGUGUCCCCUCCCAAGGGCAGGACUCCACAUUCCUCCUAGCCCCAUCUUCAGAACCCAGUCAGGAGUCACUCAGAAUAUCACUGUCCAUGAAAGUGCCUACUAUUGAUGGGGUGAGCCAACAGUGGAACGGAUCAGUAAAGUGGAUGAAGUUACCUAGGAGAGAGGGUUUCAGACUCCACUCUUGUUUCAUGAGCCUGAGGGAUUCAUACAUUUCCUGGCUCUUGACAGGCUCGGGCCUUGCGGCAUUGCAGAAGUGAGCACCAUGUACUGAACAAGUCCCCCGAAAUGGGAGUGUUCAGGUGUUAACUCCAUGAGAAGGAGGAUGAGCCACAUGGAGAUACUAGAGAGGCCUGUUUUGUCUCUUCCCUAAUCAUCAAAUAACACUGCAUUUGCCCCAUAGAUUUCCCUGAGCAGAGAUUGUUUCCUCUUUCAGACAAAAUACAGUAAGUGUGAGCAAGACAGGAGAAGUAGACAGAUGUCCAAGAUCCUUUCUCACAUUUGGUAGAUACUGUUAGAGCACUAAGCUGAAGAAAGAAGAAGAACUCGCUUCUUGUGUCCCUUUGCGACAUUUGCCUGGUGUCUGGCUAAUACCACAUUUGGUUGCACACAUCCCCCCUUCUGUUCCACUGAGGAUGUCUGUACCACCAUUGCUCAUGGAGUCCAUCGUUAUACUAAACCAGGCCACUAGGAAUUAUAGCACAGCCACAUCCCUUACUCUAGGUAAAUUUUCAUCGAUGUGUGUCAUCGUGAUAUUAACAGAGACCUAUGAGCUAACUCCUUAACCAAGGUAUCCGGGCCACUUGUAAUUAAUUUAGGUAGAAGUUAUAUGAGGACCACAAAAGAUAGUAUCACCACAUAACCUGAAGGAUUUUCUUGGGGAAAGUCUUUCAGUGAGAGCUAGCUGUGCAUGCAGAUAUCUCUGUCAAGACAAUUGCUUACCAUUACACUAUAGGAGGCAUAGGAAGUGGCUCGGCUUAUGAAAGGACAAAGGAGUGUAGUUGACGUCAUAAUUGAAUAUAAUCCCACAGAGCCAAAUAGGGUAGCUCAUCAAGUCUUUGAGCCUUAAAAAUAGCUAUCACAUGAUGUGAAAUGAGAAAAUUCAUAAUUGGAAAGGAAAGGAAGGAAGGAAGGAAGGAA